AUGUCUGUUUCCUCUGUAAGCUCAGAUUAUGACGAUGGUUUCGGUGCUACCGAGAAUGAAAAUGAAGAUGUGGAUUUUUACGGAAUUUUGAAUGUUCCGAGAAAUGCCUCCUUAGAUGAAAUCAACAAAGCGUACCGACAGAAAUGCAAAAUUUUUCAUCCUGAUCGUCAUAUUGCUGAUGAGGACAAAAAAGCCGCUGAGAAACACUUUGUAUGGCUUCGAAAGGCACACGAAACGCUGUCUAAUCAAAGGCUUCGAACAAUUUAUGAUACAGUUGGUGUUAAAGGGUUGGAGCUGCAGGGAUGGGAGUUGAUUUCAAAGUCAUGUACGAGUGAAAAUAUUAGAAGGGAAUACGAAUUUCUUAGGAAACUAAGAGAUGCGGAAAUUAUGUUACAGAAAGUUCAUCCAACAUCAACCUUCGCUUGCAAAACUUCCCUUAUUGGAGUUUUCUCCAGAGAUCCUGCGGAGAGGUCUCCUCCUCAGUUUAUUGGGGCUACUCAAAUGCAAAGCGUUGAGUGCACUAUAAGUGAAACUGAUAAAAUCGGUUUACUAGGACGAGUUAAAAUGAACAAUGGAAAAGGAGACGGUAGCGUCACAAUGCAUUGGGCUAGGUCUAUUCCGUCGCUCAGUGUAUUCGAAACCGCUCUGACGCUGGCACCUGGGAAUUUUUCACUAACAGGGAAAAUUGCAAAGAAUUUUUUUUCGCGAGCAGUGGUAGUUUUUCAACCGUCAUUACUGUUCUUUCCUCUUCAAGGUGUAGUGGCUCCAAGUUGUUCAUUAGCUUAUACCAUGCGUUUAACUGCUGCUUGGCAAGGAACAAUGGCUUUUCAGUUUGGCUCUCAGAAGGCGUUGGUAACUUCUAUAAUAAAAGCUGAAGAAAAUUUACCAAAAUUCCUAUUUGCCUUGACUCUCUCAGGUCAAAAUUCUAACAUUCGUACGUCCUAUACGUGGCGAAUGCCUGAAAAAGAGUCGUUCUGUGAAGCAUCAUGUAUUUUUGGUCUCUUUGGCGCGUCUCCGUCUAUUGCUUUCGAACAGCGUCUUUCACGUUAUUCGCGAGUCGGGUGCAGUCUUUCAUUAACGGUUCCCAUGUGCCUUCUUAACGGAAAAUUCAAGAUUAAAACUGGAAAUUCAAUUUUUGAGUGGCAGUUUGCUCUGUGUGACAACAAAGACGAUCUUUCUCGGUCAGUCGUUUUUGGUGUUAUCAUACCGUUUGUAACAUUCACUAUUUUAAAAGCAGUAUUCCGUGGAACGUAUGAGCGUCUUAUGUCGCUCUUGGAAGAUCGUACUGAAGAAAGAUUGGUGGAUAGUGUGAAACGAGAAGAUGCAAAGAAUAUUGUCAAUUUAAUGAGACGUACUGCUGAACGUAUAACGCGUGAAGAAGAAGCUCAGAACGGUUUGGUGAUUGUGGAAGCAAAAUACGGUGAAAUGAUUGGUGAAGGACGUAUUGCAGCGUUAUACCCUUUGUUAGGCGACAGAACAGUUGAUGUUACCAUCCCCCUCCAAGCGAUGGUUAACAACUCUCAGUUGCGUAUUUACUCCGUUAAGAGUCAGCUGCCCGGUUUCUACGAUCCCUGUCCCAUGGAUCCAAAGAUGUUACGAGUUGUUUAUAAGUAUCGCGGCCACAUGCAUACGGUGUCUGUCGCAGAUGAAAUGGCUCUUCAAAUACCGAUGUCAUUCCAGCAUGGGAACGGUGAAAUUGAGGGUUAG